UAAUUAUUACUGAGAAAAUCAGCUUAGCUGAUUAGUCACACAAAUUGAUGAACCUGUUUAAAUGUUCACUGAUUAAGACCAAGAAAAUAAAUCGAAAGUGAAUCAGUUGCACUAUGUCGUUCAAAAUCGGAACUGUGUUUUUGCUCUUGUGUUCGUUGGCGAUUGCCGCCCGUCACAAUGAUUUUCGUAUGAGUCGUAUUCUCAAUGGUGAUCCGGCGACUGUGCGGCCAUUCCAAUUUUAUCUGCAAGCAUUCAAUGAGACCGGUAACAAUAUGGACUACGGAGCUGGAGUUUUGAUAGCUCCUCGAGUGGUUUUAACCGUUGCCAGUUUAAUUAGAGGAUUCGAAAGUUGGGUAGUCCGUUUCGGCCACAAUGUAUUCGGUCAAACAUCUACGGUCACGUCGUCUAAUGCAUUUCUGCAUCCGAACUUCCAAACUGGCGAUCUUUUUAAUUUAAAUGACAUUGGCGUUGUCUUACUUAAUAGCCCUAUCGCUGGCAAUGUGAAUCCAAUUGCCUUGCCAGAAACGGAAGUUUCAUUGCCACGAAAUUAUGAAGAGGGACAAAUCACAAACUUCGAAACAAAUUUGGCUAAUCCAUCGCUUGGCUUCACUGCCACUUCAAUUUUACGAAGUGCAUUCCUAACGGCUUUUCCUCAAGCCGAAUGUGCUGCAACCUUUCCUGGCAUUACCGGGCCCAUAUUUUGUGCAUUUGACGACGACUAUUUGUCUAAUUUAUGCACUGGCGAUCGAGGCACAGCGUUUGUUGUUGUGUUCAGAGGAGUUGAAACAUUGGCUGGUUUAACAUCACGAACUUCACCCGGCUGUGACGAUCGAUCGACGUUCGUUCAAGUUCAGCCUUACAUUCCUUGGAUACGAGCUGUGGCUAAUUUAUAAAAGCGAAAAAUGUUCCACUGUGACAAUAAAUUUGUUUGUUAAACUUA